AUGCUCGGAUCCAUGGGUACUGCGAUCUUCUCGUACAACCGCGUUAAAACCGUAAAAGGCAUUUACGAGCUCGUCCGAAACCUUUCCGGCACGGUUCGGGUUGGCGGUGGCGCUGCAUCCAGCUUGGGUGGAUUGAUAUCCAUCUCACAGUCACGGGAUCUUCUUCCCAUGACGGUCCCUGUUCACGAGACGAUAUGUUACCACCCGGACGGGCACGGCAGGAUCAUCGCGGUAUCUGAACAAGAGCGUAGCGUACGGGAAACCGUUGGAGAAGGCUUGAGACGUCAGCCCUUCCAACCAGUAUGUGUUCUCUUGGGACUGCCCGUGUAUCAGAGUCCGAGGUAG